CUCACAGCACCAAAACAUCGAACGCCAUCUCCACGCCCACCCACGACUCUCACCACCCUCUCACCCCGUGAAAUCAGCCAAGAUGGGUGAUCCGCAGUUCGCCAAAUACCCCAAUCUGCAGCUCUCGCAGCACAUCUUCCAGAUCACCAAUCCCGCCGCCUCCAAAGCCGCCAAACAAACGUCGCUCAAGUCGCUCCAAGAUGCCAUCUCCGAGCACAAGAUGGCCCCGCUCUACAGGCAUCUUGCCCACCCAGCAGAAGGUGUCUUGAAUGCCUCGGGUGAAGGCACAGCAGAGCAACCAAGCAGCCACCGCAGACCCUCCGCCAGCGUUGUCACCAUGCUCGCCACAAAGAACCCGUCGCUAGAGGUGCCGCUGGCGUGGGACGAGAAGCUAUACGACAGCCUGCAGGCAGACAACGAGAAGGAGCUGGAGGUGAUAAAGAAGGAGGAGGACGAGGCGGCGGAGAAGGCGGGCGAGACAGAAGUGCAGGCAGCGCGGGGCAAGCGCGCAGAGCUGUACAACCGCAUAGGAGACAAGGAUAAAGCCAUCGCGAGCUACGAGGCCAUCUUCGAGAAGACAGGCAUCCUGGGCACAAAGAUCGACCUGGUCCUCGCCAUAAUACGCAUCGCCCUCUUCUUUGGCGACCGAGUGCUGGCAAGGAAGACGAUUGACAGGGCAACCGCUCUGGUGGAGAGCGGCGGUGACUGGGAUCGCCGGAAUCGUCUCAAGGCAUACACUGGCCUGCACUACCUCACCGUCCGGUCACACGCUCAGGCUGCCCCACUCCUGUUGGACAGCUUGUCGACAUUCACCAGCUAUGAGCUAUGCAGCUACUCGAACCUCGUGGUAUACGCCAUCCUCGCGGGCUCAGUAUCGCUCAAGCGUGUCGACUUCAAGUCGAAGGUCGUGGAUGCGCCCGAGAUCAAGGCCAUUGUUGGCGGUGAAGAAGAGAAGCUCUCCGCGCUCACGGGUCAAACGUCAGCAGGCCCAGGAGCCGGCGACGAGGAUAUGGCAGACGUCUCGUCCUCGACAGCAACACCCGUACCUACUAUCGUCAACCUCACUACACUAGGCAACCAGCAGAAUGACGAAGUGCCUGUUGACUUCUCGCCCCUUUCCAAGCUGGUAAAGAGUCUCUACGAGGGUGACUACAAGAACUUCUUCGGCGCGUUGGGCGAGGUGGAGAGCAACUUCCUAGGCCAAGACCGCUACCUCUACGAGCACCGAACGUGGUACGUACGAGAGAUGCGACUGAGGGGAUACCAGCAGCUGCUCCAGUCUUACCGCGUUGUCGGUCUGCAAAGCAUGGCCAACGACUUCGGUGUCACCAUUGACUAUCUUGACAAGGACCUCGCGAGAUUCAUUGCUGCGGACCGCAUACCCUGCACCAUCGACCGUGUCAAGGGUAUCAUCGAGACGAACCGACCAGACGACAAGAAUAAGCAGUACGCGGACGUGGUCAAGCAGGGCGACACACUCAUCACGAAACUACAAAAGUACGGACAGUCAGUCAGGUUGAGGGGGAGUGAGCGUGGCUAGAUGUCUGGUGGUAGCAGUUUGGAUGUGUAAUGAUCUUGGGCCUUCUGUAGAGUAGACGUGCCCAGCAAACAUGCCGCUGAGGACGAAAUGAAUGGACAUUGACCAAAAAGCAAAUCCACGCGUACGACACGUCUAGCACGCGUGAGAUACAG